AUGGAGACAGUCGAUGUCCAGCUAGUCCAGAAAUGGAUCCGACAGCAGAUCAUGUUCGACCAAGCAACCGUUACGUAUCGAGACUUGGCUACGGAAGCGGCUUGUGGCAUCGACCGAGCGCGUCAACUGCUGGAAGAGUUCUGUGGUUCCGAGGACGCUAAGCGGUUGAAGGUGGAACCGACUUAUUUGAUUUUUGGAGCCGACAAGAAGCCCGUUGCAGAGUCCAUCAAAACAUCCAAGGUCGAAAGGGCCCGGGCUUCUGAACUUGAAGAGUUCAAAUCAAAGUUUGACUCAGUGUCGUAUGUACAAAUCUAUAGCAUCAGUGCCACUCAAGCUCCCGAUCCAAACUUACUGAAGUCAUAUACAGAGGCACGGAUCAGCUUACAACCUAAAUCUAACAAAAAACUAACGACAGAAUCAUCAGCAAAGGAGAGCAAGGCUACAGAUUCGGAAUCAUCGAGGAAGCAGGCAGAACCAAAGAGCCUAGGUUCCAAGAGGAAUGAAGCAGAUGACGCGAAGAAGCCAGCCUCUUCUAAGCCCAACAAGAGGAAAGAGAGUGUGGACAGCGUCCAGGAAAAGCCAGCCACCACUGCCAAAACCACUCAAACUAAACUGAACGCUAAGAAACCAACGAAAGCGUCCACUGAUAACAACGGGAACGCCGACAGUGAGUGCGAGGUCCUCCCCACCGUUCCCGCUAAGCGUCCGGCUACCGAGGCCGACCAUCGGAAAAGCUCGGCCGACAAGAAAUCAAAGACCGAUUCUCCAAGAACGACGACUGCGAAAGAGCCGAGCAAGAAGGCCAAAGGAGACGAAGAACAACAAGAUGAAGAAGUGUCCACGUCAAAAGAGCCUUCGGAGCGGAAACGGGUGACGAAGACGCGGCUGGUGAAGAAGAAAAAGAUCGUCCGAGUGAAGGAUAAGAAGGGCUACCGGGUGAACCGGGAAGAGGUCGAGGAAGUCGAGGAGACGUACACGGAUUGGGAAAGCGCGUCUCCUCCCGCUUCUCCUCCCCCCACAUCCUCCAAAAAGAAUAUCAAGAAGGUUAAGAUGGACACUACUCCGGAGACGAGUAGUAAGGGCGACAGAAAUGACGCCGCGAAAACGGAUAAGGGCAAGACGACGACGCCUGCCGAUCCUGCGCCGGCCUCGAAACCGCCCUCUCAGUCUCUUCCUGCAGCCAAGAACCCUCCUCCGAAUCCACCGACCAAGAAAAAACCUGGGUCGACCGCGAAACAACAGCCCAAAGAGCAAUCUAAUAUCACCAGUUUUUUCAAGAAAGCUUAA